AUGUCUCUUAUCAAUCGUAUUCUCCCUUCUAUUGCUCAAGAUUUUAAUAAAGCGUUUUCUCUACUUGAAUUGGAUCCUUUUCUCCGUGCACCCAGAUUUCCUACCACAGUAACAAGUGGAUAUUUUCGUCCAUCGGUCGAUGUUAGUGAAUCAGAGAAAAACUAUGUCAUCGAAGCCGAAGUUCCUGGCAUGAAAAAAGAGGAUCUGUCAGUUGAGUUUAUUGAUGACGGCACAUUGGUCCUUAAAGGAAAAACCGAAAGAGUUAGGCAAGAAGGUGUUCUUCCGGAAGGUAGUGAAGGAAUGAAAGUUGCCGGGGCAACUUCUGAAGGGGGUGCGGCUAAAGAAGGAACGACAACUGGUGAAACUUCAGUUGUCGAGACUGCAGGCGAAACCAAAGAACCAAUGUAUUGGUCCAGUGAAAGGAUCCUGGGUAAUUUUCAACGGUCGUUCCAAUUUCCGGGUAAAGUUGAUCCAAAUAAUGUCAAGGCGGUUUACAAAGAUGGGAUUCUAUCAAUUGUUGUACCUAAAGCCGAACGUCAUGGUACAAAGAUCAAUAUCGAAUAG